AUGUCGACCGCUACCACCACCAACGUUGCCGAACCCAUCACGGCCGAGACGAUCCUUCGCCUCUUUCCCGACAUCGACACGAGGAGCGACGCGCUCGAGGGUCACGAUGAGGAACAGAUUCGCUUGAUGGACGAGGUCUGCAUUGUCACCGACGAGAACGACCUUCCCAUUGGCACUGCCAGCAAGAAGCUCUGCCAUCUUAUGACCAACAUCGAUAAGGGUCUUCUUCACAGAGCCUUCUCUGUCUUCCUCUUCAAUGACAAGAACGAGCUUCUCCUCCAGCAGCGCGCCACCGAAAAGAUCACCUUCCCCGACAUGUGGACCAACACCUGCUGCUCGCAUCCUCUGAACCUUGCCAACGAGACUGGAUCGACCCUUCCCGAUGCUAUCGCUGGUGUCAAGAACGCUGCCAGGAGGAAAUUGGACCAUGAGCUGGGCAUCAAGCAGGAGCAGGUCCCCUUUGAGGAUUUCCGUUUCCUUACCCGUAUCCACUACAAGGCUCCUAGCGACGGAAAGUGGGGUGAGCACGAGAUUGAUUACAUCCUGUUCAUCAAGGCCAACCCCGAGGUCAACGCCAACCUAAACGAAGUCCAGGCCACACAGUGGGUUUCUGCCGAGAAGCUCAAGGAGAUGUUCAAGGACCCCUCCCUCAAGUUUACCCCCUGGUUCAAGCUCAUCUGCGAGUCUAUGCUCUUUGAGUGGUGGGCUUCCCUUGACAACGGGCUUGAAAAGUAUACCGACGAGCAGGAGAUUCGCCGUAUGCUUCACUAG